CUGGUUUCCUUUUCCGCCCGGGACCCGGAUGCCUGUGCGCUGAGUAGAAGACGGGAGAGGGGAGCGCUGCCAUAUACACACCCGGGAGCCGCGGCUGGAGACAACAAAAUGAAUUCAGAAGCGUUAUCAGACCUGCAGGAUGACUUGGAAAAGGAUAAAACCACCCAGUCCCUGGACCAGCUAAAACUGGCAUCAUUAGAUGACCGGAACUGGCCCUCCGAUGAUGUACAGGACUACUCCCCAUCAGCUGAAGACUCCAAGGCCUCCCCGGACCCUGUCACUCAUCUGCGCUGGAAUGACCCUUACUACGACAUUGCCCGGCAUCAGAUUGUUGAAGUGGCUGGCGAUGACAAAUAUGGCCGUAAAAUUGUUGUGUUCAGUGCCUGCCGCCUGCCUCCCUGUCACCAGCUUGAUCACGUCAAACUCCUGGAGUACCUGAAGCACACAUUGGACCAGUACGUUGAGAGCGAUUACACACUGGUGUACCUGCACCAUGGCUUGACCAGUGAUAACAAGCCAUCUCUGGGUUGGCUUAGAGAUGCAUAUCGAGAGUUUGACCGCAAGUACAAAAAGAACAUCAAGGCUUUGUAUAUUGUCCACCCUACAAUGUUCAUUAAGACAUUGCUGAUCCUGUUCAAGCCUAUCAUCAGCUUCAAGUUUGGUCGGAAGAUUUUCUACGCAAAUUAUCUGAGCGAAUUGGAGGAAAUUGUAAAGCUGGAUCAACUGGGGAUCCCAAAACCAGUACUCAAAUACGACGAGGUUAUCCGCUCUGCAUUGAAGCCCACACCGGCCAGCCAGAAACCCACCCCACCGCGGCCGCCCCUGCCGUAUCAGCAGUUCGGAAUCUCCCUUCAGCAGCUGAAAGACAAGCGCUCGGGCAAUGAGAAGAUUCCCCAAGUUGUGCAGGAGACCGUGUCUUACCUGCAGCAGAAUGCUCUAAGCACAGAGGGGAUAUUUCGGAGGUCAGCCAGCACUCAGGUGGUGCGGGAAGUGCAACAGAAAUACAACAUGGGAGUCCCAGUCAGUUUCCAGCAGUAUGAUGAUGUUCACCUGACUGCGGUCAUCCUCAAAACCUUCCUCCGGGAGCUGCCUGAGCCGCUGCUGACCUUUAACUUUCACAACUACGUUGUCAAUUUCUCCACUAUAGAGCCAGACAAGCAGGUGGAAGCCACCCGGGAAAUUCUGAAGACGUUACCUCAGGAGAAUUACGAGGUUCUGCGAUUCCUCACCACAUUCCUGGUGGAGGUGUCGGCUCGGAGUGGCGAGAACAAGAUGACAAAUACUAAUCUGGCUGUGGUGUUUGGUCCAAACCUUCUGUGGGCGAAAGAUGUGGCCAUGACUCUUAGAGCCAUAAAUCCCAUCAACACCUUCACAAAGUUUUUGUUGGACAACCAGAAGGAGCUGUUUGAGGAACUUGAGUUGUAAACCAGAAAUCCCUCACUGCAUCACUGCCAGCCCAAGGCCACGCAGCCACCCUUACUACAGCGAUGUCCAGUCCCGUUGUCUGUGCGUAUGUGUAAGUGUGGACACUUCUGUGUGUGACACGUUGGAGCUGGGAUCUCCAAUUCCGAUUACGGCACAAGUACCCUUUUAGUGCGAGCUACCCGUGUGUCUAUCUGAUGUGUGCUGGUUGGUGAAGGCUGAUGCCUCUGGCAGGCAAAGCGGCACUUGCUUUUGAGAAAUGUGUUGGGUGUGCGCCAGUGGCGUUUUGUGGUGUUUCGUCCUCUUAUGAUGGUGUGAGGGGACCUUUUCUGUCCGCUUUGUGUGCUUUCUCCCUCACAUUUUAGCACUUCCCUCCUUGCGCAUGUACAGACCUUCUAUCCUAAAAGCAGGGCGAUAUCAGAUCCAUCAUUUAUUCAAGAUGUCUUUAGGACAGCAGGCCGAGAACUUUGCUGUCCAGCAUCGAGGGCCUUUGAUGUGGGAUCGCUGUUAAAUUCUGUUUGCUUAUGCUACCAGCCACGCUCAGUCUGCUCCCAGCUGUUAUCCGUAUGUCUGAGCAUGCUUUCAGUCUCUUAAUUCCAUAGUGAAAGGAUCGGAUUGGUUGCCAAUUCACCCACACAUUAUAUGGCUAGAUUUGUAAUGAUGCGUAAGUGACCCCUAUUCCUAGAAAUGCUAUGACUGGUGUCUGGCUAUCCUAAACAGCAAAUGAGAGCUAAACACUGAUCAAUUCUGUUUUAAACAGAGUGAUUUCAUGGAAUCCAGCAAAUGUUAAUAGUGGCCGCAGAGUUUCUAAUCUGACCAAUCAUCUUCUGUUUUGUCAUACAAAUCUGUUGUUGUGUUUUUUUUGUUUUGUCACCCAUACACACAACAAAAAACAGUGGGACCGCCGUAGCGUUCUGUGCAAAUUGUUCUCGGGUACAGCCGAGCAUUCCGUAUUGCUCUGCAAGUGGCACAUAUGUAGAAAAAUAUUUGCCCACUGGCUGGUAGCUUGCUGGCAUUUCAGCAUCCUGCGGGCAUGUCCUCCUUGCAGCCCUAUCAUUCCUACCACCCCCUCUCCCUGCAUAGCUGCCAAUAUUUUUCCCAGUUGUAAAUUGUGCUUUGGCCCUAUUGUGUCUUUUAAAGUGGAAGUGUCGCCUAUAAACUGUGCCAACUGUGUGUAGCAGCACCAGUGCUUUAAUAUGUAUGUAUGUGUGUGUGUGUGUGUGUGUGUGUCUCAUAUGUGCGGGUACGAUUGUGAUGCUUAAACAUCUGUGAUCACAAUAGAAAUUUGGGUGGCUUUUAUCGCCACCAUAUAUAGUCCUUUUAAUUGGAGACCUCCAUAUCCAGUAACUAUGUUAUGGGCCGCUGAUCCAGUCGCACAUUCCCGGGGCCCUAAAAAGUACAUUUCUGCUAUUAUUUUUGUCCCUUUGCUUUAUAAUAUUUUGCUGCCAAAGCUUUGUGUUGCGCUUUUAAUUAUAUACUUUUACAUAAUGCAUGCGCUUUUAUGUGUAUACCGGUUAAUGACCUGUUCUGGUUCUCCCAGUGUCAUAACAUGUGACCAGGUCAUUAGGCAGACUUGGUUACAUUUGGGAUUUUUUUUUAUUUUGAUCAAUGCCAGUUUAUCUAGUCACACCAUCAGACAGCCAGUGACCAUGUGUCCUGUGCCAAGUGGUGCUCACACGUCUGCCAGUUUAGAGCAAGUGACGGUAGAGCACAUUGCUGGCCGACAGUAUAGUCUGGGCUUGACCUCCUAUCGAUGUAGAGGCAGAUCCAAUGAACGUGUCCACCAGCGCUUGGCCCGAACGGAUUGUUUAACGAUCAUUGUAUGUGUGAUAGUGCUCUUGGGUUUGGCGUCUGUUUUUAAGUCUACCUCCGACAGUCAGAAGGGCCAUUAGUGCUCCUGGAUGUGCGUAUCGGUCAGCAUAUGGUGUGUGCGUUCGUGAAUUUGCUUCGUGUGGGUACAUCGCAUGAGUGUUUAUAAUCUUAGACAGUGGUCUAUAAGGAGAUGUAGCAGACCUUGGAGCGAGAUCAAGUAGCAACCAAUCAGCUUCUGUCAUUUUUCAAACACGGAUGAUAACAUGGCAGUUAGAAACUGAUUGGCAGCUACUUUCUCUCUCUCUCUCUCUCUCUCUCUCUCUCUCUCUCUCUCUCUCUCUCUCUUUCUCUUUCUCUUUCUCUUUCCAAGGCUUGUUACAUUGUCCCCUAUACAGUCUCUGAUCACCGUGCUAGGCAGCCGCUCCUCAAACACUUGUAUGAAGUCAGCUGACAGGAUAUAAGCUUCUGCGGUGACUGGCUACAUCACAAGACGUUGACAUGCUGAAGAUUUCAUAACUUUUAAAAUUGUCAUACAGGAAGUUGGGAGAUUUUACACUCAAGACAUUAUUAUUUUUUUCUAUGUUGUAUUUUAUAGAGAUCUUGUCUGUUCUGGUUUUGAUGUUCUGUUAUUAUCGACACUCCACCAUCACAUCACAUUUUUCUUCCGCUUGUGAUUUCACAUUUUGUUCAAUUUUAAGGAGAAAAAAAAAUGUCAACCCAUAAAAUACAAA